AUGAAGCAUCGCAGCUUCCCAGGAAACGCAACAAGCAAUGGAAGUGGCCUCACCAUGCUUGGGGGACCGGCUGAGAGUUCGCUGCUCAUUGUAAGAUGCCUUGAAGACCUAGCCAAAGAUGGCAAGAUUAUAGAGAAGGUGUAUGGAAAGCAAAAGAUUUAUUUUGCUGAUCAGAGUCAAUUUCCAAGUGUAGAUGAGAAAGAAUUGAAGGACAUGGACACCAAGAUCACUGGGUUGACAGCCAGUUUAGAGACUUCUAGGACAAAAUGCAAACAAAUGGAGAAAGAAAUCGCGAUGUUGAAUAGUUCCUUGACCAAUGAUGAAGCCAAGCAGAGGAUACAAGAACUCACAGCCAUGUGUGCCAAGAAGCAAAGCAGAGUCACUCAGGUUAAAUCAGCAGGUAGCCAUGUGAGUGUGGAGCAGAAGAAAGCCAUCUAUGAAAACCACCAGACUAACAUCAAGGCUUGGAAGAAACGAAAGAGAAUGGCAAUGGACAUUCUUGAUGCUAUUCUAGAGGGGUAUCCUAAAAGCAAGAAACAGUUGGUGGAGGAAGUGGGAGUAGAGACAGACGAGGAAUGCAAUGUAAAGAUACCACAGACGUAGUCCACCUUUGAACUGCAAAGACUUUCAAUCAACUCCAUCUGAUAAGCACGAACUGAGCCCUCUGUCUCAUGUACUCUAAAAUUGUGGCCUACAACUGCUCCCACAAUGCAACAGUGAUGAUGUCAUUCAGAUCAUGCUUUGUUUUUGGUGUUUUUUCCCCUUCCUGCUGCCUGUUAUAUCUUAGCCAGCUAAUGUACAUGUAAUUUGUCUCGGUGUAGGAUCCCUAUAGAGUCCAAGCGCUAAUUAAAGAAUAUUAAAGAGAAGGUUGAGUUCUAGGAAGAGGUGAAAAAUAGUUGGUGAGCAUUAUCAUUGUUA